AAAAUGGCUUGUGGGAGUUUUAAAUGGUUCGAGUUGUUCUCCUGUAUUAUUUCUAUUUAUUUCUGUUACUUACUUUAUGGUGUAUUACAAGAGAGACUGUAUAAAACAAACUAUUCUCCGGAUGGCGCACAGUUUGGUUAUAGCCUAUUCUUGUUAUUUGUGCAGUGUCUUUCCCAUACUGUAUUUUCCUUUAUUUGUAUUUUACUUUUUGAAACAACGGGAUGGAACCAAAAAGAACGUCUCUACUCCUUAUUUUAUAGAUAUAGACCGAAAGUGCUGAUCAAGGGUUAUGGUCUGAUUGCAGCUAGUUAUUUACUUGCCAUGUUCUUCUCAAACUACGCACUUCAUUACGUUUCUUAUCCACUUCAGACACUUGGCAAGAGUAGCAAGAUGAUACCCGUUAUGCUCAUGGGAAUAUUGAUACGGAGAAAGAAAUAUUCCUUCUCACAGUAUUUACGUGUUGUUUUGUUAUGUUUCGGAGUUUUUCUGUUUUCUUACCAACAAAAUGUUCCCAAAACAACUUUCAACUCGCAAAUAUUGGGUAUCCUAUUUCUCUUGGCAUCGUUAUUUAUGGAUGGCUUGACGGGUCCUCUUCAAGAGAGAUUGGUUCAAGAUAAACAAAUUAGCACAUAUGAAAUUAUGUUUUACCAAAAUCUAUUUGCUGUAUCCUAUGUUGCUAUAGUCUUGUUCCUAAAUAGAGGAUGGUUAGAAGCUUGUCAAUUUAUUCGUUUCCAUCCUCAAGUUUUGAACGAUAUUGUUAUUUUCUGCUUGACAAGUGCAGUUGGACAAGGUGUUAUUGUCUAUACAAUUUGCAAUUAUUCUGCGCUUGUAUGUGCUACUGUUACAACUACACGAAAAUUUUUAUCAGUUCUAGUGUCUUAUGUAAUAUUUGGACAUAUUCCAUCUAUUUAUCAAUUUUGUGGAGUAUUUUUCGUAUUUGUAUCUAUAUCUUGGGAAAUAUUGGAAAAAUAUCGCUCACAAAAAAUAAAUUAGUUGUGUAGUAAAAAUGGACUCUUUCCU